AAACACAAAAAUUAACAAAAAAAAUUGUAAAAAGUAGCAAAAAUAUAAAAUUUCGAGCAAGUGUGUUGAAACCGUAGACCUGAUCACCAAAUAUGGCUUCUCUAUACGUCGGUGAUCUGCAUCAGGAUAUCAACGAAGCAGGACUUUUUGAAAAAUUCUCGAGUGCUGGCCCAGUUCUGUCCAUUCGCGUUUGUCGCGAUGUGGUUACUCGUCGCUCAUUGGGCUAUGCUUACGUCAAUUUCCAGCAGCCAGCUGAUGCUGAACGUGCUUUGGAUACGAUGAACUUUGACUUGAUUCGCAACAAACCCAUUCGCAUAAUGUGGUCUCAACGCGAUCCUUCACUCCGUCGCUCGGGCGUAGGCAAUGUCUUCAUAAAGAACCUAGAUAGACAAAUCGAUAACAAAGCCAUUUAUGAUACAUUCUCCGCCUUUGGCAAUAUUUUGAGCUGCAAAGUAGCUCUCGAUGAGAAGGGCAACUCAAAGGGCUAUGGCUUCGUUCACUUCGAAACAGAAGAAGCAGCCAAUACAUCGAUCGAGAAAGUCAACGGCAUGUUGCUCAAUGGCAAGAAGGUCUACGUGGGCAAAUUCAUUCCGCGCAAGGAACGCGAGAAGGAGUUGGGCGAAAAGGCCAAGCUUUUCACGAAUGUCUAUGUGAAGAAUUUCACCGAAGAGUUCGAUGAUGAGAAGUUGAAGGAUUUUUUCGAGCCAUAUGGCAAGAUUACCAGCUACAAAGUUAUGUCCAAGGAGGACGGCAAGAGCAAGGGAUUCGGUUUCGUGGCCUUUGAGACCACUGAAGCUGCCGAAGCAGCUGUCCAGGCUCUGAACGGCAAGGAUAUGGGUGAGGGCAAAUCCCUGUAUGUGGCACGUGCCCAGAAGAAGGCCGAACGCCAACAGGAGUUGAAGCGCAAAUUCGAGGAGCUCAAGAAGAAGCGUCACGAAUCAGUCUUUGGUGUUAACUUGUAUGUUAAGAAUUUGGAUGACUCAAUUGACGAUGAGCGCCUGCGUAAGGAGUUCUCUCUAUACGGAACCAUCACCUCGGCCAAGGUCAUGACCGAUGAAGAAGGUCGCUCCAAGGGUUUUGGAUUUGUUUGCUUCAUCUCACCCAAUGAGGCCACCUGUGCCGUGACAGAGCUCAAUGGUCGCGUGGUUGGCAGCAAGCCUCUCUAUGUGGCAUUGGCUCAACGCAAGGAGGAACGCAAGGCUCAUCUGGCCUCCCAGUAUAUGCGUCACAUGACCGGAAUGCGUAUGCAACAAUUGGGGCAAAUCUUCCAGCCCAAUACAACUGGAGGUUUCUAUGUGCCCACAAUGGCGCCGGGACAACGUUUCUUCAGCCCCCAGAUUGCCACACAGAUGCGCAAUGCCCCACGCUGGGCCUCCCAAGUGCGUCCCGCUGCCACCGUGCAAAGCGUCCAGGCUGGCGCUGCUGCCGCCGCAGGUGGAUUCCAGGGAGCUGCCGGAGCAGUCCCCGCACAGUUCCGUCAAGCUGCCGCCGGAGCACGCGGUGCCCAGCCCCCCCAGGUGCAGGGUACACAUGCUGCCGCCGCAGCCGCUGCAGCCAACAAUAUGCGCAACUCUGGAGCACGCGCCAUUACCGGACAACAGUCUGUUGCCGCUCCCAAUAUGCAGAUUGCUGGCGCCCAGAUUGCCGGCGGAGCGCCACAACGUGCCCCGAGCUACAAAUAUACCGCCAACAUGCGUAAUCCCCCAGUACAGCAAAUGCAGCAGGCCCAACCAAUGCCGCAGUUGCAGGGCAAAAAUCCCGAGAAGCUUAUUGCUUCGCUAUUGGCUAAUGCCAAGCCACAGGAGCAGAAACAGAUCCUGGGCGAGCGGCUGUAUCCGUUGAUUGAACGUAUGCAUGCUACUCUGGCUGGCAAGAUCACUGGCAUGUUGUUGGAAAUUGAGAACUCCGAAUUGUUGCACAUGCUUGAGGAUCAGGAGGCCCUCAAGGCCAAGGUGGAGGAGGCUGUUGCCGUCCUACAGGUGCAUCGUGUCACAGAACCGGCUAACUAGAGAGAAGGAAGAGAGUAAAAGAAAAGCUCGACCAAUAAAUAACAACAAAAAGUAGAAAUAGAAAAAGCGGAUGAAAAAAUGAACACUCGACACCCAAAAAAAUUUUUUUUCCUCUUCACUUUCAAAUAAUUAAUGAACACGUUCGCCAAAA